AUGCCGCCGUUUUCGGCGGCUGAGGAUGAUCCGUCAGGUCGUGCCGCGUCCCCAUGUCAUGCCUCGAGGUCGGCGACACAGGCAGCAGGUCUCGAAGUAGAUUGCGACUCGUCCGUUCGUGCCACGUCAUCGUUUCAUCGUAACUCCAGCGUACCCGCACAGGCAGGAGUGCGUGCCGCGUUUUCGUGCUUUGGCUUCAAUGGCGAUUGCGAUGGCGCUUCAUGCGCAUCGGCCGAGAAGGAGAACGGGGAGGAGGAGGAGGCGAGGGAAGAGGGGAGGGAAGUCGCGAGGGUGGGCGAGAGCGACGACAAGAAUGAUCUCGAAUCGGCGGAGGGGGAGGAAGGGGCGGAGGAGGCGGAGGAGGCGGAAGGGGCGGAGGGGCCGGAGGGGAAGGAGUCUGACGAUGAGGGGAAUGAGUUCCGCGGAUUGGAAAAUGAGGCGGAGAUGGCGAUGCGGGCGGAAUCGACGGCGGAAGAGGGGUUCGGGGAACAAGGGGUCGUGGAAAAGGGGGUCGCGGAGGGCGCGGAGGGCGCGGAGGGCGCGGAAGGAGCGGAAGGGCCCCAUAGGCGGGAGUCGUGGGUGUCGAGUGUGGAGUGGUUCGUGUCGUGGCCGCUCAGACGACUCAGCCACCCGUGGCGCAAGCGAGUGCUGUGGCUGUGGGUGGUGCUGGCAGCGGCCAUCCUGUCACUGGUGUUUGCGACGGCAUGGCAGCAUGCAGAGGCGAGUGAGAGAGACGACCUGGAGGGGCACUGUGACGAGUGGGCAGCGUUCAUUGAGGCCAAGUUCAACACCACUGCUGCCAACACACGCUCCAUUUCCGACUUCAUCCGCGCAUACUACCUUGAUAACAUGAGGGAGGACUUUCUGGACGUGGAGAAAUUCCAACGCUUCACUCAAGCCACUCUUGAUGGUCGACCCAUGGCAUCAUGUAACUGCAAGAGAACUGUUCCUUUACACUUGACCAGUUGUAUGUGCUGUGCUCUGACUGACCCAUGGCCUCAUGUGAGUUGCCUGUUCUCUCCCGUCCCCAAUUCCAAUCCACGUUGCGCUGCGUUUGCCCCUGCGUUUGCCCCUGCGUUUGCCCCUGCGUUUGCCCCUGCGUUUGCCCCUGCGUUUGCCCCUGCGUUUGCCCCUGCGUUUCCCUUCACGUCUCCUGCAGUUGUGGGCUUCACGCUGCUGGCCAACAACUCGUUCAUUCGGGAGAUAAUGGGGACCAACGCCAACGGAGCCCAACUGCAUCUUCACCCCAAAACCCAACAGCGCACUCUCCUGUGCUGUUCCCACCCGUCUUCCCUUUCCCCCCACAUCCCCCCUUUGUCCCCUGCAGUCGUGGGCUUCACACUCCUGGUAAACAUCACCUUCAUUCGCGAUAUAGUGGAGAAAAACGCCCACCACUGCAUCUUCGCUCCCGGACCCAACGGCACGCUCGCCUUCGUGGGCUUCACACUCCUGGUGAACAACACCUUCAUUCGUGACUUAGUGGAGGAAAACGCCCACCACUGUAUCUUCUCUCCCAAACCCAAUGGCACGCUCGCCUGCCGCCCGCGCGACCUGCCCCUGUAUUCACCGCUGGUGAUCUUCAACUCUCGCAAGGAGUUCAACACACGCGUGAACCUCUCUGCAGUCUGCUGCCUGGACGUCAUGGCAGACCCAGCUUUUAAUGACACAUUCCAUCGGGUCAUCAGCUCAGCAUCCUCCGCCAUCUCCCCUCCUUUCGUCCGCGACAACUACCCCUACCACUUCAUCGGCCAGGCCUUCCCAGUCUACUUCAACCUCACCACCUUCGCCCUGCCCCCCUCGCCCUCCCCUCCUCCGGUCGCCAUUCCCCCGCUCGCCACGCCUGAGGACCUCCCACGGGGGUUUGUCAUCGUGGGGUAUAACUUUGCCAACCUGCGGUCGCUUGUGGGGUUUCAGCAGCUGGUGGAGCUGAAUGCGAGGGUUUAUCUGGUGGAUGGGACGAGGGGUAGGGCGUGGGAUGGUGCACGGAGUGGGGAUGCGAAGGUUGUGAAGUGGUUGCCGGCGCUGCUGUUUGAUCAUGAAGGGGUGGUGGGCGAGGAGGAGAUUGGAACGUGGAUGCUGGAUGGGAAAGGGCAAGAGGAUGGAGGGAGAGUGCGCCGUGCGGUGCACCUGGGUGAUUCGACGAGAAAGUUUUAUCUUUUCUGCGAGCACAUCUCAUACGCCAAGCCGUUCGGUCCGUUCACCUGGAUAGUGGUGGCGGUGCUGUUCCUGACCGUCUCCACCAUCCUCCUCUGGACGAGCAUCCAGCUCAUGCACGCCUUUGAGUGCGACUGCCAGCACCUGGCUGCCGCCCAACAUGAGCUGCGUGCCGCCCGCGUGGAGGCUGAGAAGGCGAGCCGAGCCAAGGGUGACUUCCUCACAACGAUGUCACAUGAGAUCCGCACACCAAUGAACGGCGUCAUAGGCAUGCUGAACUUGCUCCUGGAAACCCCUUUGGACGGGUCGCAGAAGGACUACGCACAGACGGCGCGAAGCAGCGGGCGGGCGUUGUGUGCGCUGAUCAACGACAUUCUCGACCUCUCCAAGAUCGAGGCCGAGAAGUUGCAUCUUGAGUGCAUCCCAUUGGACCUGCGCGCCGAGCUCGACGACAUGCUCGCGCUCUUCGUGGAGAGCGCCCAGGAGAAGCGCUGCGUGGAGCUCGCCGCGUUUGUCGCCGACGACGUGCCCGAGAUGCUCCUUGGGGACCCGCUUCGAGUGAAGCAGGUGCAGUAUGAGUAUAGUGUUCUUUGCAGAAGGCAUAAUGAGCAAGUACCGAACUCGAACCGGCAUUAUGAAGCACCUGCUUCGCAUACAGCCCCUGCCUCUUCUCUCCCGCUACCUGCCUCUUCUCUCCCGCUACCUGCCUCUUCUCUCCCGCUACCUGCCUCUUCUCUCCCGCUACCUGCCUCUUCUCUCCCGCUACCUGCCUCUUCCCACCCGCCCUCCUCUUGGUCCCAUCAGAUUCUCAUCAACCUCGUUAGCAAUGCCUUCAAGUUCACCACCAAGGGUCAUGUCUUCAUUGCCGUCCGUGUCGCAACCACCACCGACAACACCAGCGACCCCAACCCCCCGCCGCCACUCUCCCCUUCUUCCUCCACAUCCAUACAGUCACCCUCACACUCUCCCUCACCAUCAGCAACACCCUCAGGUUCACCAGCAGUAUCACCAUCAGCAGCAGGAUCGUGUUUAUCAUUCCUCUCCAAAGCACCAGCCAGCAGUUGCCAGUCUCUUGACAAAGGCUGCAUGACUGCAAGCAGACGGAGAGAGGGGGAAAAUCCACCUGAGGCCACCGGGGCCGCUGCUGCUGCUGCUGCUGCUGCUGCAGAUGAGAGGAGUGGUGGUAGUAAUGCCGUUGCGGAGGCUUUUACUGAGCGUCCGGAGGCAUGUUCUGAGCCUGCAGCGUGUGUGACGCUUAGUGGCCGGCCAGCCAUGAAGACAUGGUGCUCGUGGGAGGGCAUGCGGGAGCACAUGGAUCUUGGUGCCGUGGGCAUGGGCAUGGGCAAGGCCAUGGGCAAGGGGAACCAUACCGAGAAUGGCAAUAGGCAUGGACCAUAUGGUGAUGGGGAUGGCGAGGGAUAUGGCGAUGGGCGUGGCAGUGGUGCCAGCCUGGGACCCGACCAGCCUGUGCGACUGAUGGUGGCCAUUGAAGACACUGGUACCGGCAUCCCCCGCCACGCUCGGAGGCACAUCUUCCGGCCGUACGCGCAGGCGGACCGCAGCACGGCACGGCUGCACGGGGGAACGGGCAUUGGGCUCUCCAUCUGCAAGGUGCGGUGCAUUGGGCUCUCCAUCUGCAAGGUGCGGUGCAUUGGGCUCUCCAUCUGCAAGGUGCGGUGCAUUGGGCUCUCCAUCUGCAAGGUGCGGUGCAUUGGGCUCUCCAUCUGCAAGGUGCGGGGCAUUGGGCUCUCCAUCUGCAAGGUGCGGUGCAUUGGGCUCUCCAUCUGCAAGGUGCGGUGCAUUGGGCUCUCCAUCUGCAAGGUGCGGUGCAUUGGGCUCUCCAUCUGCAAGGUGCGGUGCAUUGGGCUCUCCAUCUGCAAGGUGCGGUGCAUUGGGCUCUCCAUCUGCAAGGUGCGGUGCAUUGGGCUCUCCAUCUGCAAGGUGCGGUGCAUUGGGCUCUCCAUCUGCAAGGUGCGGUGCAUUGGGCUCUCCAUCUGCAAGGUGCGGUGCAUUGGGCUCUCCAUCUGCAAGGUGCGGUGCAUUGGGCUCUCCAUCUGCAAGGUGCGGUGCAUUGGGCUCUCCAUCUGCAAGGUGCGGUGCAUUGGGCUCUCCAUCUGCAAGGUGCGGUGCAUUGGGCUCUCCAUCUGCAAGGUGCGGUGCAUUGGGCUCUCCAUCUGCAAGGUGCGGUGCAUUGGGCUCUCCAUCUGCAAGGUGCGGUGCAUUGGGCUCUCCAUCUGCAAGGUGCGGUGCAUUGGGCUCUCCAUCUGCAAGGUGCGGUGCAUUGGGCUCUCCAUCUGCAAGGUGCGGUGCAUUGGGCUCUCCAUCUGCAAGGUGCGGUGCAUUGGGCUCUCCAUCUGCAAGGUGCGGUGCAUUGGGCUCUCCAUCUGCAAGGUGCGGUGCAUUGGGCUCUCCAUCUGCAAGGUGCGGUGCAUUGGGCUCUCCAUCUGCAAGGUGCGGUGCAUUGGGCUCUCCAUCUGCAAGGUGCGGUGCAUUGAGCUCUCCAUCUGCAAGGUGCGGUGCAUUGGGCUCUCCAUCUGCAAGGUGCGGUGCAUUGGGCUCUCCAUCUGCAAGGUGCGGUGCAUUGAGCUCUCCAUCUGCAAGGUGCGGUGCAUUGGGCUCUCCAUCUGCAAGGUGCGGUGCAUUGGGCUCUCCAUCUGCAAGGUGCGGUGCAUUGGGCUCUCCAUCUGCAAGGUGCGGUGCAUUGGGCUCUCCAUCUGCAAGGUGCGGUGCAUUGAGCUCUCCAUCUGCAAGGUGCGGUGCAUUGGGCUCUCCAUCUGCAAGGUGCGGUGCAUUGGGCUCUCCAUCUGCAAGGUGCGGUGCAUUGGGCUCUCCAUCUGCAAGGUGCGGUGCAUUGGGCUCUCCAUCUGCAAGGUGCGGUGCAUUGGGCUCUCCAUCUGCAAGGUGCGGUGCAUUGGGCUCUCCAUCUGCAAGGUGCGGUGCAUUGGGCUCUCCAUCUGCAAGGUGCGGUGCAUUGGGCUCUCCAUCUGCAAGGUGCGGUGCAUUGAGCUCUCCAUCUGCAAGGUGCGGUGCAUUGGGCUCUCCAUCUGCAAGGUGCGGUGCAUUGGGCUCUCCAUCUGCAAGGUGCGGUGCAUUGGGCUCUCCAUCUGCAAGGUGCGGUGCAUUGGGCUCUCCAUCUGCAAGGUGCGGUGCAUUGGGCUCUCCAUCUGCAAGGUGCGGUGCAUUGAGCUCUCCAUCUGCAAGGUGCGGUGCAUUGGGCUCUCCAUCUGCAAGGUGCGGUGCAUUGGGCUCUCCAUCUGCAAGGUGCGGUGCAUUGGGCUCUCCAUCUGCAAGGUGCGGUGCAUUGGGCUCUCCAUCUGCAAGGUGCGGUGCAUUGGGCUCUCCAUCUGCAAGGUGCGGGGCAUUGGGCUCUCCAUCUGCAAGGUGCGGUGCAUUGGGCUCUCCAUCUGCAAGGUGCGGUGCAUUGAGCUCUCCAUCUGCAAGGUGCGGUGCAUUGGGCUCUCCAUCUGCAAGGUGCGGUGCAUUGGGCUCUCCAUCUGCAAGGUGCGGUGCAUUGAGCUCUCCAUCUGCAAGGUGCGGUGCAUUGGGCUCUCCAUCUGCAAGGUGCGGUGCAUUGGGCUCUCCAUCUGCAAGGUGCGGCGCAUUGGGCUCUCCAUCUGCAAGGUGCGGUGCAUUGGGCUCUCCAUCUGCAAGGUGCGGUGCAUUGGGCUCUCCAUCUGCAAGGUGCGGUGCAUUGGGCUCUCCAUCUGCAAGGUGCGGUGCAUUGGGUUCUCCAUCUGCAAGGUGCGGUGCAUUGGGCUCUCCAUCUGCAAGGUGCGGUGCAUUGGGCUCUCCAUCUGCAAGGUGCGGUGCAUUGGGCUCUCCAUCUGCAAGGUGCGGUGCAUUGGGCUCUCCAUCUGCAAGGUGCGGUGCAUUGGGUUCUCCAUCUGCAAGGUGCGGUGCAUUGGGCUCUCCAUCUGCAAGGUGCGGUGCAUUGGGCUCUCCAUCUGCAAGGUGCGGUGCAUUGGGCUCUCCAUCUGCAAGGUGCGGUGCAUUGGGCUCUCCAUCUGCAAGGUGCGGUGCAUUGAGCUCUCCAUCUGCAAGGUGCGGUGCAUUGGGCUCUCCAUCUGCAAGGUGCGGUGCAUUGGGCUCUCCAUCUGCAAGGUGCGGUGCAUUGGGCUCUCCAUCUGCAAGGUGCGGUGCAUUGGGCUCUCCAUCUGCAAGGUGCGGUGCAUUGAGCUCUCCAUCUGCAAGGUGCGGUGCAUUGGGCUCUCCAUCUGCAAGGUGCGGUGCAUUGGGCUCUCCAUCUGCAAGGUGCGGUGCAUUGGGCUCUCCAUCUGCAAGGUGCGGUGCAUUGGGCUCUCCAUCUGCAAGGUGCGGUGCAUUGGGCUCUCCAUCUGCAAGGUGCGGGGCAUUGGGCUCUCCAUCUGCAAGGUGCGGUGCAUUGGGCUCUCCAUCUGCAAGGUGCGGUGCAUUGAGCUCUCCAUCUGCAAGGUGCGGUGCAUUGGGCUCUCCAUCUGCAAGGUGCGGUGCAUUGGGCUCUCCAUCUGCAAGGUGCGGUGCAUUGAGCUCUCCAUCUGCAAGGUGCGGUGCAUUGGGCUCUCCAUCUGCAAGGUGCGGUGCAUUGGGCUCUCCAUCUGCAAGGUGCGGCGCAUUGGGCUCUCCAUCUGCAAGGUGCGGUGCAUUGGGCUCUCCAUCUGCAAGGUGCGGUGCAUUGGGCUCUCCAUCUGCAAGGUGCGGUGCAUUGGGCUCUCCAUCUGCAAGGUGCGGUGCAUUGGGUUCUCCAUCUGCAAGGUGCGGUGCAUUGGGCUCUCCAUCUGCAAGGUGCGGUGCAUUGGGCUCUCCAUCUGCAAGGUGCGGUGCAUUGAGCUCUCCAUCUGCAAGGUGCGGUGCAUUGGGCUCUCCAUCUGCAAGGUGCGGUGCAUUGGGCUCUCCAUCUGCAAGGUGCGGCGCAUUGGGCUCUCCAUCUGCAAGGUGCGGUGCAUUGGGCUCUCCAUCUGCAAGGUGCGGUGCAUUGGGCUCUCCAUCUGCAAGGUGCGGUGCAUUGGGCUCUCCAUCUGCAAGGUGCGGUGCAUUGGGCUCUCCAUCUGCAAGGUGCGGUGCAUUGGGCUCUCCAUCUGCAAGGUGCGGUGCAUUGGGCUCUCCAUCUGCAAGGUGCGGGGCAUUGGGCUCUCCAUCUGCAAGGUGCGGUGCAUUGGGCUCUCCAUCUGCAAGGUGCGGUGCAUUGAGCUCUCCAUCUGCAAGGUGCGGUGCAUUGGGCUCUCCAUCUGCAAGGUGCGGUGCAUUGGGCUCUCCAUCUGCAAGGUGCGGUGCAUUGAGCUCUCCAUCUGCAAGGUGCGGUGCAUUGGGCUCUCCAUCUGCAAGGUGCGGUGCAUUGGGCUCUCCAUCUGCAAGGUGCGGCGCAUUGGGCUCUCCAUCUGCAAGGUGCGGUGCAUUGGGCUCUCCAUCUGCAAGGUGCGGUGCAUUGGGCUCUCCAUCUGCAAGGUGCGGUGCAUUGGGCUCUCCAUCUGCAAGGUGCGGUGCAUUGGGCUCUCCAUCUGCAAGGUGCGGUGCAUUGAGCUCUCCAUCUGCAAGGUGCGGUGCAUUGGGCUCUCCAUCUGCAAGGUGCGGUGCAUUGGGCUCUCCAUCUGCAAGGUGCGGUGCAUUGGGCUCUCCAUCUGCAAGGUGCGGUGCAUUGGGCUCUCCAUCUGCAAGGUGCGGUGCAUUGGGCUCUCCAUCUGCAAGGUGCGGUGCAUUGGGCUCUCCAUCUGCAAGGUGCGGGGCAUUGGGCUCUCCAUCUGCAAGGUGCGGUGCAUUGGGCUCUCCAUCUGCAAGGUGCGGUGCAUUGGGCUCUCCAUCUGCAAGGUGCGGUGCAUUGAGCUCUCCAUCUGCAAGGUGCGGUGCAUUGGGCUCUCCAUCUGCAAGGUGCGGUGCAUUGGGCUCUCCAUCUGCAAGGUGCGGUGCAUUGGGCUCUCCAUCUGCAAGGUGCGGUGCAUUGGGCUCUCCAUCUGCAAGGUGCGGUGCAUUGGGCUCUCCAUCUGCAAGGUGCGGUGCAUUGGGCUCUCCAUCUGCAAGGUGCGGUGCAUUGGGCUCUCCAUCUGCAAGGUGCGGGGCAUUGGGCUCUCCAUCUGCAAGGUGCGGUGCAUUGGGCUCUCCAUCUGCAAGGUGCGGUGCAUUGAGCUCUCCAUCUGCAAGGUGCGGUGCAUUGGGCUCUCCAUCUGCAAGGUGCGGUGCAUUGGGCUCUCCAUCUGCAAGGUGCGGUGCAUUGAGCUCUCCAUCUGCAAGGUGCGGUGCAUUGGGCUCUCCAUCUGCAAGGUGCGGUGCAUUGGGCUCUCCAUCUGCAAGGUGCGGCGCAUUGGGCUCUCCAUCUGCAAGGUGCGGUGCAUUGGGCUCUCCAUCUGCAAGGUGCGGUGCAUUGGGCUCUCCAUCUGCAAGGUGCGGUGCAUUGGGCUCUCCAUCUGCAAGGUGCGGUGCAUUGGGUUCUCCAUCUGCAAGGUGCGGUGCAUUGGGCUCUCCAUCUGCAAGGUGCGGUGCAUUGGGCUCUCCAUCUGCAAGGUGCGGUGCAUUGGGCUCUCCAUCUGCAAGGUGCGGGGCAUUGGGCUCUCCAUCUGCAAGGUGCGGUGCAUUGGGCUCUCCAUCUGCAAGGUGCGGGGCAUUGGGCUCUCCAUCUGCAAGGUGCGGUGCAUUGGGCUCUCCAUCUGCAAGGUGCGGUGCAUUGGGCUCUCCAUCUGCAAGGUGCGGUGCAUUGGGCUCUCCAUCUGCAAGGUGCGGUGCAUUGGGCUCUCCAUCUGCAAGGUGCGGUGCAUUGGGCUCUCCAUCUGCAAGGUGCGGUGCAUUGGGCUCUCCAUCUGCAAGGUGCGGUGCAUUGGGCUCUCCAUCUGCAAGGUGCGGUGCAUUGGGCUCUCCAUCUGCAAGGUGCGGUGCAUUGGGCUCUCCAUCUGCAAGGUGCGGUGCAUUGGGCUCUCCAUCUGCAAGGUGCGGUGCAUUGGGCUCUCCAUCUGCAAGGUGCGGUGCAUUGAGCUCUCCAUCUGCAAGGUGCGGUGCAUUGGGCUCUCCAUCUGCAAGGCACAUGCGUUGCCCCUCACACCCCUCCCUUGCUCCUCCGCAUUCCCCAUCCGAGCAGCGCCUGGUGUCGCUGAUGACGGCAUCCAUCACCAGGCGCCUGCCCGUAUCCUUCCUAAUCCCGCUCUGCCCCUCCCUCCCACUCGCCCAUCCGAGCAGCGCCUGGUGUCGCUGAUGACGGCAUCCAUCACCAGGCGCCUGCCUGUAUCCUUCCUAAUCCCGCUCUGCCCCUCCCUCCCACUCGCCCAUCCGAGCAGCGCCUGUCAUGCCACACACGCUCCCAAGGAGCAGCAGGGGGAGCAGCAGGGCAAGCAGCAGGGGGAGCAGCAGGGGGAGCAGCAGGGGGAGCAGCAGGGGGAGCACCGGGAGGAGCAGCAGGGGGGGAAGCCGGGGGAGCAGCAGGAGAAGGAGCAGCAGAAGGACCAGCAUGAGAAGGAGCAACACAAGGUGGACUUCUCCUCUGAGCCAUCUCUUGCUGCAAAAUACCUCGCUCGCCUCCUCUCACCUGCUCCCACAGCCAUCCACCCCCAUUGUGCUCCUCGCACCGUCUCUCUCACACCCUCAACAGCAGCACCCCACCCACCGCUGUCUCCUCGUACCCCGCCCCCUCCGCGCCGCGCCAAGACCCACACAGCUCUAUCGCCAUGCCUCACUCCCACCGCUCAACGCUCCAUUGGAACCCUCAUUGGGCUUUUUGAGGCCCCUCCUCCUCCCCCUCUAGCCGUCUCUUCCCAUACAAUCUCUGAGGCACCUCAAAGACCCCGCCCAUCGUCUCCUCAUACUCCUCCCCCUCCCCCCCGUCGCGUCAAGUCUCACACUGCCCUGUCAUGCCUCCCACUCCCCACCUCUCAACGCUCCACUGAGCUCCUUCUAAACGCUUCUUCCGAAACUUCUGAGGCACAUGAACAAUCCCACGAUCCGUCUCCUCCGACCCCUCACGCUCCCCCUCGCCGCGUCAAGUCACACACUGCCCUGUCACGCCGCACACUACCCACGUGUGAUGAGACAUUUUUUGGGUCGACUCGAAAAUCGGUUCCUCCAACCCCUCACGCUCCCCCUCGCCGCGUCAAGUCGAGCACUGCCGUGUCACCCCGCGCACUACCCACCAUUCAACGAUCCUUCGGAGCCCUUGUAACCGCGUCCUCCACGACUUGUGAUGCUUACAAAGAAGCCCAUGAACCCUCACCACCGACCCCUCGCCCCCCUCCGCGCCGCGUCAAGUCACACACUGCCCUGUCACGCCGCACACUACCCACCAUUCAACGAUCCAUCGGAGCACUCAUAUUGGCUUCUGCCACAACACGCCCCACACCUCGUGAUCUGUCUCUGGUCCCGCUGCUUCCAGAAGACUCGUGCGCACAAGCCCACACAGGACCAUCCAGCAACCACUCAUGUCAUUCUAUUGAGGAGUUACCUCCUCCUUUCGAGCCUUCUGCUCCUCCCCUCAACCCAGUUGCCCAUGCUCUCGACCCGUCUGCUCCUCCUCUCGAGCCGUUUGGCUCGCCGGCUGUGCUUGUGACUCCUCCACCUCUCACCCCCCUUUCCCGACAAUACUCCUGCCCACCUCUCUCCAUUGCUCCUCCUCCUCCCUGCCCUCCUCUCUCCAUUGCUCCUCCUCCUUCCUGCCCUCCUUUCUCCAUUGCCCGUCCGCGCCUCUCUCCUCUUUCCAUCGAUGUUCACUCAAGUGGAAGAGGGGAGGAGCAGCAGUGGCAGCAGCUGCAGCAGCAGCGGUGGCAACAGCAGCCGAGGCGAGCGAAAGAGAUGGAAGAGGGGGAAGAUGGGGAAGAAGAAGGAGAGGAGGUGGAGGAAGAGGAGGAAGGAGGGGAGGAGGAUGGAGAGAGGCAGGUACAGCAGCACGAUUCAAAGAAUUCUCAAAACUCGCAGCAGCGGGUGCACUACAGGAGUUUGCGAGACGCGCACAGGCGGGGAUGGGUGGGGGCGGUGGUGGUGGAGGGGGAGAUGAUGCAGCGGCUGGGCGUCACAGCAGAUCAAGUCUAUGCUCUCGUGUCCGGCCAGGCAGGGGAUGGGAUGGCACGGGAAGGCGAGCAGAUGAGCAAGUGUAGCAAGUGCAGCAGUUGCAGCAGCAGCAGCAGCUGGCCUGCUCCUUUCCUUGUGCUUCUUCACGGCUCUUCUCCUCUCCCCCCCGACAGUUUCAGUCCUUACAAGAGGAAGGCUUGUAACUUGGAGAGGCAGGGCAGCUGGAAAAGGCAAGCAGGGGAGAUAGAUGAAAGGGAUGAGGGGGGUGAUAGUGAGUGUAAACCGGCCCACCUCUCGCCCUCGCCUGCGCUCUCUCUCACCCCCUCCCCGUCCAUCCCCUCGCUAUUGUCACUUGGCUUUGAUGCUGUUAUAAGGAAGCCCCUGCGUAAGCCAGCGCUGCUGGCGGCGCUUCUGCCGCUGUUUGGUGCGGACACGGAGCAAAGUCGAUGUGAGCAGGCAGGAGGAGCAGCAGGGGGAGCGGGGGGAGCAGGCGGAGCAGGAGGAGCAGGAGGAGCACGGGCAACAGGAGGAGGAGGAGGCAGCCAAAAUGAGGACGUGGCACAGGGAGGGCUCAGAAGGAGAGAGGCGAAAGGACAGCGGGGUGGUGGUGUGCUGCUGAGCCCAUCGGCCCUCCACAAGGCUGGCAGCAGCGCUGCAGCAGCCCUCUGGCGAGCUGUGACGUCCCCCUGCUCACUCAAGUCCCCCCGGGAACUCAAGUCCCCCCGGGAACUCAAAAUCUCUCAGGAGGCGGCCACAUUGGCCCUGAGUGGCACUGACCGUGCAUUGGGGGCGCAGGCAACCCCAGGCAUGUGCGGUCGAGGCAAUGGAGUGGCAGUGAGGGAGAAGGAGGAGGAGGAGGUGGUGGAGGAUGCAGUGUUGGAUGAAAUGAGUGGCAUCGAUGGUAUGGAUGGUAGCACAGUCUCAAUGGAUCUGACAUCUGCUGCCAGUGCUACUGGUGCUGCUUCGAUCAACUUGGCAUCUACUGUUGCUGCUGCUUCGGCCAAUUUAACACCCGCUGCCAGUGCUACAGGUGCUGCUUCGACCGAUUUAACACCUGCUGCCGUUGCGAGUGAAAGUGGUACUUUGGGAAGGAAAGCUCUGGUGAGGGUUCGCAGUGCUGAUGAGAAGAUUUUGUACUCGCCCCAGGGGUUGCAGUUGCAGCACUAUGUGCCUCAGGGGUUCCGAGCUCUGGUGAGGGGUGGCAGUGUGGUGGAAGCAGCUGGGGCAGCAGAACGUCGGGCAGAGAUGCAUGGGCCCAAGGGCCAAAGGGGGGCCGCGAAGCAUGGGUCAGCAGGAGAAAGGAGAGCAGGUGGGAAGUUGCGUGGGAGAGAGAGCGAUCAACGGAGAAGCAGCAACGGACGGUGUAGUGCUUCAGGUGCUGCAGCAGCUGGUGGUGGUGGUGGUGGUCGAGUGCGUGGUUUCGGCAGUGUGCUCGACUUCUCAGGGAUCCCUCCUCAGCUGGGGGUGCUGGUGGGUCGGCGGGUGAUGGUGGUGGAUGACAACGUGGUGAACCGCAAGGUGGCCAGCAAGCUGCUGGAGAGGCACGGCGCGCGAGUCACUGCCGUCGAUGGCGGUAUGAAAGCCGUAGACGCCCUCGCCCCGCCCCACCCCUAUGAUCUCGUUCUCAUGGACCUCCAGAUGCCGGGCAUGGAUGGGCUGGAGGCGACUCGCAGGAUCCGGGCGCGGGAGAGGGCUCAGGGCGGGGGGCAUGUGGCCAUCAUUGCGCUCACCGCGGAUGUGAUUGCCGGCACGUGCCAGCACUGCUUUGCCGUCGGCAUGGAUGACUACCUCUCCAAACCCCUCGACAACGGCCCCCUCUCCCACGCCGCAGCAGUUUCGGACGAGGGUUACUUUUCGUCCGCUCUCGCCGCGUCCCCGUGUCAUGACUCUAACGCACCGAGAUCCCCUGGAGCUGCAUUGUCGUACUUCAGCGCCAUUGGGAAUGACGAAUGCGGUUCGGCCGAGGAAAACGAUUGCCGCGAGAACGGGAAGGAGGCGGCGAGAGAAGAACGAGCGGAAGCCGCACGGGAGAGUGAUAAUGGGGGUUAUAGGUCUGAUGAUGGCCGGGGUUAUGGGUUCGGCCCUGAGGAGGCGGAGGCGGAGGCGGAGGCGGAGGAGGAGGAGGCGGAGGAGGCGGAGGAGGAGGAGGAGGAGGAGGAGGAGGAGGAGGAGGAGGAGGAGGAGGAGGAGGAGGAGGAGGAGGAGGAGGAGGAGGAGGAGGAGGAGGAGGAGGAGGAGGAGGAGGAGGAGGAGGAGGAGGAGGAGGAGGAGGAGGAGGAGGAGGAGGAGGAGGAGGAGGAGGAGGAGGAGGAGGAGGAGGAGGAGGAGGAGGAGGAGGAGGAGGAGGAGGAGGAGGAGGAGGAGGAGGAGGAGGCGGAGAGAGCUAUGCUCGAGGAAGCGGAAAAGGCAAUGCAGGAACAAUUCAUGGCGGAAGAGGGGGUCGCGGAGGAGGCGGCGAACGGGCGGCAGUGGCAGCAGUCGUGGGUGUCGAGUGUGGAGUGGUUCGUGUCGUGGCCGCUCAGACGACUCAGCCACCCGUGGCGCAAGCGAGUGCUGUGGGUGUGGGUGGUGCUAGCAGCAGCCAUCCUGCUGAUGAUUUUUGCGGUGGCGUGGCGGCAGGUCAAGGCAGGAGAGAGGCCCGACCCUCAGAGCCAUGUGCUUCUCUGCUUCCCCACCAACACUCCCCUGCCUCCCUUCCCCACCCCGGCCAUCCCGUUCCCAGCGAGUGCUGUGGGGGUGGGUGGUGCUAGCAGCGACUAUCCUGCUGAUGGUGUUUGCGGUGGCGUGGCGGCAAGUCAAGGCGGGCGAGAGGGACCUAUUCCAUCCCUCCCAGCUAUUCCAUCCCUCCCAGCUAUUCCAUCCCUCCCAGCUAUUCCAUCGCUCCCAGCUAUUCCAUCGCUCCCAGCUAUUCCAUCCCUCCCAGCUAUUCCAUCGCUCCCAGCUAUUCCAUCCCUCCCAGCUAUUCCAUCGCUCCCAGCUAUUCCAUCGCUCCCAGCUAUUCCAUCCCUCCCAGCUAUUCCAUCCCUCCCAGCUAUUCCAUCCCUCCCAGCUAUUCCAUCCCUCCCAGCUAUUCCAUCCCUCCCAGCUAUUCCAUCGCUCCCAGCUAUUCCAUCGCUCCCAGCUAUUCCAUCCCUCCCAGCUAUUCCAUCCCUCCCAGCUAUUCCAUCGCUCCCAGCUAUUCCAUCGCUCCCAGCUAUUCCAUCGCUCCCAGCUAUUCCAUCCCUCCCAGCUAUUCCAUCCCUCCCAGCUAUUCCAUCCCUCCCAGCUAUUCCAUCGCUCCCACCUUCUUCCCGCUCCCCUCCCUCCGCCAACUUCCCCAUUCCAGUCGACUCAAAAGUCACCUUGCUGCCCCGUGGACUGCCCCUGUACGCGUCACUUGAGAAUGAUGACGCAUUCCCCUCCACCCUGCCCUCCUUCCCCAUCCACCACCUCCCACCACCACCCCUCGCAGACCCAGCAGUGAGUGACAUGGUCCAUAGGUCCAUCGAUUCAGCCGCUUCAGUCAUGUCCCCUCCCUUUGUCCGCGACAACUACCCCUACCAUUUCAUCAGCCAAGUCUUCCCAGUCUACUUCAACCUCACCACCUUCGCCCUGCCCCCGUCGUCCACCCCUCAUUCCGUCACCAUCCCUCCUCUCGCCACCCCCGGGGUGCUCCCGCGGGGGUUUGUCAUCGCGGGGUAUAACUUUGCAAACCUGCGAUCGCUAGAGGGGUUUCAGCAGCUGGUGGAGCUGAACACAAGGGUUUAUCUGGUGGAUGGGACGAGGGGAGGGGCUUGGGAUGGUGCUCAAAAUGCGGAUGUGCUGAAUGGGGAAGGGCAGAGUGUGGAUGGACCGGCUAGUGGGUGGCUGCCUGCGCUGCUGUUCGACCAUGAGGGGGUGGUAGGUGAGGAGGAAAUUGGUGUGUGGAUGACGAAGGAGAAGGAAGGGACGAAAGUGCGACAGGCGCUGCAUUUGGGUGAUCCUGCAAGAAGCGUCUUUCUUUACUGCCAGCACAUCUCCUACUCCCCGUCGUUUGGACCGUUCGUCUGUAUAUUGGUAGCGGCGCUCUUCCUGGCCGUCUCCACCAUCCUCCUCUGGACGAGCGUCCAGCUCAUGCACGCUUUUGAGUGCGACUGUCAGCACCUGGCUGCGGCGCAGCAGGAGCUCCGUGCCGCUCGAGUGGAGGCCGAGGCGGCGAGCCGGGCCAAAGGAGACUUCCUCACCACCGUGUCGCAUGAAAUCCGCACGCCCAUGAAUGGUGUCAUUGGCAUGUUAAACCUGCUGAUGGAGACCCCUCUGGACGGCACGCAGCAGGACUACGCGGAGACGGCGUGCAGCAGCGGGCGGGCGCUGUGUGCGCUGAUCAACGACAUUCUCGACCUCUCCAAGAUCGAGGCCGAGAAGCUCUGCCUCGAGCGCAUCCCUUUGAAUCUCCAAGCCGAGCUGGAUGAUGUGUUGGGACUCUUCGUGGAGAGCGCCCAGGAGAAGCGUUGCGUGGAGCUUGCUGCGUUUGUGGCGGACGAUGUGCCGGAGACACUCCUUGGGGAUCCGCUCCGAGUGAAGCAGGUGCGUGUGGUGUAA